GCUUAGUUGUACCAUAACACCCCCCCACAAGUGCAUUGCGCUUUGUUAAUCGCUUAAUUCGAUCCUCCAUUUCCUUGUUGCUGCGAUAAUCCGUGAAUAUACAACGCAUUUCCCCCGUCGAGACCCUCGACGGCCUUAAUCCUCCUAUCUAAUAUACCCGCCGGUUACGAUUUCCAUCUCUCGCCAUAUCAUUUACACGGUUGUGAAUUUGUUGGCACCCUUUGCAUAUACCGAAACCCCCUCAACCCCAAGAAAAAAGCAAAAUAUUCGAAUCUCCCGUUCCAACGAUUAAGAGUAUGGACACUGGUGGUCUAGCUCAAAUGACUUUCAACGCGUCUGUCAACGGUGGCUCCCUCGGCGUUCCGGGCUCUGGCUUCGCUUCCCGUGGAAAAGGUUCGCAUAUAAAACGUCUCAGUGUCCCCCAUCCUUCUAGGUUUGGGACUGGAGAUGAGUCUCAGGCCCUCCCAACACCCCGCACUAGUCGCUCUCAUCUCCUUGCUGGCUUGAGGACUGCCCCGAAACAGCCAUCGACCCCGACCACUGCACCUCUGUUGCAGCAACGGCCGAAUCACUUGGGGCUGGAUACUUCGGCGUAUGGCGCUUCUCAGGCAUCCUACGUUGGAGGAAUCCCCCAUUCCGCGACUGGCACCACAUUCUCCCAUAACAACGGGUCAAACCUCGGCAUGAGUGCCCAGAUGUAUUCCCUUCCGGAACACGUUCUCGCUCCACCAGCUCUGGACCAGAUCUUGGAGUCAGGAGAACCCAUCGACGAGAGCCUGUACAAUGAACUCGUCCAGACUAAUCUGUUCCUGGCGGCACAACAGCAGCGUUUGCAACAACAGCUUGCCACCGUCACUGCCGCGGCUCAGCAGUUUCAAGCGUUGAAUCUUGGGUCGCCUCUUAACUCUCAGCAUGUUUUGACCCCUGGCCUCCCCGGAAUGAGCUUUUACCAGCAGCAGGCCCAGCAUGGUAUGCAGCCCGUCGUCAACCCUGUUCCCGGCAAACCGGGGAUGUUCUCUGUGUACAACCCCAUGACUGGACAACACAGCUACCUCGUGGACAAUAACGCCCAGGAAGAGCCGCAAUCCGCCACUUAUCAAGAGCAUUUUCAAUCACCUGCCCCAUCUGCCCAAGGCUUCCGGAGCGACAUCCCAUCCCCCCCUGAACAGAGGCCCUCUCCGGUUCGUACUCAGUCUUCAAACAGCCCAACAAGAGUCCCAUCUCCAACCCGUCAGGCUUCUCCGUUGCAGCAGCACAUUUCGAACAAACGUCUUCACAGGAAGAUUCCUUCUGUGUCGGUAAAGACCGGGCUUGACCUGGGGAGAAACUCGACGCCAAAGCUGGCGAACUUCCCGCCCACUCCGGCAACUGGCACCUUUGGUCCCGGACAGGGGCGCGCUGGAGAGCAUCCGCUUCGCCAACCCCGAGGCCCACCAUCGCUGGAGGAACUCGUCGCGAAACCCACUGCCAAGCAUGAAGGUAGCAAGAACUUUGUUACCCGCCAGCGUCGUCGCGCCGUCCACAAUCUCGUUCGCGCUGGAAUGGAACGCCGCAGCGGUAACAGUAGCACCGCUGGAAGCGUCACCCCAUCCAGCGAUGUUGAAUUCAAUUUCUCCCCUUACCCAGGCGACGAAGGGAGUAUGAAUCCCUCGAGCCACUCAAGCGUUGAAAACUUACGGGGAGCAAUCGGGUCGGAAAGAAGAGAAAGAGAGUCGUCCCCUCGCAACUCCGUUGGGAGGCUUUCACCAACUGGUGGCAAGUUUGGUGAGGGCCGCAUGGCUUCUCCCACUGCUGCUGAGAUAGUAGCUCGUCAUCCGCCGGCAGCUACUCAGCUCCCUGAGCGACGCAAGAUGCCGAUGUUUCUGCUCUCGAGUGCAGAGAAGCGCAAGACCCCCCUGAUGUAAGGGGUUGGAGGCUGACAAAUGGUCAAGAAUGUGGUUCAUGAACAGUAAAGAAUAUGGCAACAGUAAAUGGCUUCUUGUUUUUGGUUGGAUUUUUUUUUUUUUUUGUUUUUUCUCUUUUUUUUUCAUUUUGCUUACAAUUUUUGUGAUCUGAUCUGUUUGCUCACACGAUGGAUGACCCUGUGAACCUUUGAUACCUUUUCUUUUGAAUGAAAAGAGACAAGACAAACUGUGCUGAAUUCAAUUCUCUGGGAACAACUUCCCUUUUUUAUUUGCUCUUUUUCUCUUUCUUUUUUUUUUCCCCUCACCUUGUUUCACCUUCACCUGGUGUAUCUUACUCUCACAGGCUUGAGAUUGAGUUUAACGGCCGUGAUUACUGCUUGCUACUUGGAUGGUGCUUAGCAAAAAUUGGAAAUGAAACUGAUAACCAUUAUG